GGCCUAUGACCAGGAAAAGAAAAUUAUGGUAAGUAGGAAUACAUUUUCCUUUAUUGUCUUCUCUGAUCAUGUGGUGGCAAUUAACGAGAGACAGAUUCCUCCUAUAUAGGCGGUAAAAUUAGUUAUACAACUCAAUAAACCACCAGAAACCUUUUAGUUCUCAUAGUUAUUAGCAAGUCAACUACACUGUAAAAUGUAACGCUAAGUUGCCUGGAUAAUAUAAAGGACAAUCUGCAGGUAUUCCUUCCUGGUUUUGGCUUGAAUUCUUUUUAUUAAACACAGAAAUGGAAGGAAAUCACAUGCUAGUCAGGGAUCCCAAAUUUGUGAUGAUAACGACGGUCAGACUACAAAAUAGUAACAAAGAUACUUUCACCCUCUGAGACUAUUAGAUCUUUAAAAGUUAUCACACUUGCAGUCUCUCUCUCUCUCUCUCACGCACACACUCUAUAUAUAUAAUGGACUAAAGUUUGGAGUAUUCUGGCGCCAUCCCAUGGUAAGGAGUCAAACUAUUUUUGAAUGGUUUCACACUUACCUGGGUCCUUUAGGUCUUCUCUUUACUGUUAAUGCAGAAACUCUGUUUUCACUUAGCUAGCAAUUUUAGAUGAGAGCAUGAAAACUUGCACAAAAUUUAAAAAAUGGUUUGACUAAUACCGUACAAAAAAUUCAUGACCCAUAACGGUUAUUCCACGAACGUCCACUUAUAGUGUUAGUUGUAUUUAUGUAAAUUGGUAAUAUUUUCAUACAAAAAUGGGAAAUCUAACUAAUCUUCUCUGAUUCUACUCUGCAUUCGGUAUCUCGUUGCUUAUCUUGCGCAUUUCAAAAUGGAGCGUCUUAGAUCUCCCCCAUAGUUCAGACCAGAGAAUAGGCGCGAAGUUCGAAGAUGCUCAAAUUAUCUCCUUGCCACUGCCAUGGUUAAAGGGCUCAUGAAGAAUCUUUUUUCCCCUAUACUCAGAAAAAAAACCAAUGGGUGUAGGGAGUGUUUGAGCAGCUCUGCUGCCCAACCAUUCCAAUAUUUAACCUCUCACCCUUCACCUUUGAGUGAGGGUCUCGGGGGGACCCUUUGUUAGGUUGACACAAUUUUAAUAAAUGUUUGCCCAUCGCUCAGACAAAUGGGAUGGAAAAAGAGAGAAGACAUGCAGUGUGGCUGCUUAUGCAGCACUGUUUUUAACGCAUUAAAUGCCAGCCAUGGCUAAGGGUCAAAUUGUGGCCAGGGUGCUUUUUCAUCUUAUGUCAGAGUUCAAGAAUGCUGUUCUUCACUGCCCACCUGCUCCAAUUUUUAACUUCCCAUUGUCUGCCAACGAGUUGAUACAAAAGUAAAAGGGAAAACCACAGUUGGUAUGUAUAACUUGAAUGAACCAACUUUUUCUUCUGUGCACAAGUCUAAUAGUCUUUAAUUACCUCAUGUAUAAAUCAAAGCGUAAAUGCCAAGAUUGACAUUAUCUAGCCUUUUUGAUGAUUUAGCUUAUUAUAAAACUAGCAUAAUCAAUUUUGAUUUCAAUUUGUAUUACUUUAUAGCAAUAAGCAGAUAGUAAUGUACUUUUUGACCCUAGAGGGUUCCUUGGUGCACUGAGUAGCAAUGUAGUUUGAGCUUUUUUAGUGUUUAUUCAACAGUAAACUACAUGGGUAUUAUAUUAAACAUAUAUCUCCAAUAUCUUAGCGUCGAUGAGCUAAGCCAGGGGUAGGCAACCUAUGGCACUAGUGCCAUGCACGGCACUCAAGGUGUCUUUACACGGCACUCAAGGCUGCUACAGCCAAACAGGCUCUGGCCUAUCAGGAGUCCCAGUGAAACUUCAGAUAUCUACUAAUACAAAAAGGUGGUGAAGGACAAUCCUCAAUUUAUGCAUUGCAGCACAUAGAGUAAGUGAUCUCAGAUCACUUCCUCCCAGCACUCGUGAAUGGGAAUCCACACUGUAGUAGAGCAGCCUGCAGCUGCAGCUCUUGUCCUUGACCUGUACCUGGCCAGCCUGAUUCCCGCUGGAACCCAAUGGAAGCCACCCACACUGCUAGAUUUACUCAUACAAAUAAUACGAACAGCCCACAAACAAACAUACAAUUUGCACAAACGUAACCCGCUAACAAUCCACAUACAUGCACACAACCCCACAUGCAGCCUCUCACAUGCAAUACCCCAAACAGCCCCCACACAUACACACACUACCAAACACACAAUGUGGCAUUUCCAUCCACACACACAAUUCCACAAUCAGCCCCCAUACACAGCCCACAUUCAUAUGUAUCAUACACAAUACCACAAACUACUCCUGAACAUAUACAAUAUAAUAGCUCAUAUACGCACAAAUACAAUGAUACAAAGCAUUUACAGUAUAAAUAAUACAAGCAGAAUACGGUAGCAUACACACCUCAAUUUAAACAAAUAGGACUGGCACGCCACGGGACAUCACAAUCCUAUAUCGGCACAGUCCUGCUAAAAGGUUGCCUACCCCUGAGCUAAGCUAUUCACUGACAAGCAUAGCUCAGAUAGCAAGUAGAAACACUGCACAUUCAGACUCCUACCACCAUGACCACUUCAAAAGGCAGAAGUAGUCAUCGUAUUUGCAGUAACCCUUUGAGAACCGCUUUUUAGAGAGAGUUAGAGUUCUUAGAUUCCAACUCAUCACCUACAAAUUGUCUUCUGCUCCAACACCAAAAAGGACAUACAAGUAAGCAAAGACGUGCAUUCAAUUAUAUAAUAAGAUUUGGCAAAGUGACAGUUCCCCUUUAAUAUGUGUCAACCUAGACCACAUAUGAAAUAGAUUUUUGGGGUUAAGGUCCACAAUCAGCACUUGGCUUAAAAUGUGUUUGUUUUGUUGGAUCGGUGCUCCCACUGCAGAAUAAACCAUUUACUUAACUUACAAAGUUACGGAAUGAAACAUUUAAAAAAAAAAAAAAAAAAUCGCAAUGCCCACAGACUAUUCCUACAUAAAGAUGAACCAUGUAAGCCAUUAUUAUAUUCAUAGGAUGCCAAUGGAUUCAGCAGAAUUGUAAACAACUUAACACAAUGAUAAAUAAAAUGACAAUUUAUUAAUAAUGAUAGACAGUAAGGCUGAUGCAUAAAUUAUCUAGAAUGUAAACUUAUUUAAAGGACCACUCUAGGCACCCACCCCACUUCAGCUUAAUGAAGUGGUCUGGGUGCCAGGUCCAGCUAGGGUUAACCCAUUUUUUUUUAUAAACAUAGUUUCAGAGAAACUGCUAUGUUUACAAAUGAGUUAAUCCUUCCUCCAAUUCCUCUAGCGGCUGUCUCAUUGACAGCCGCUAGAGGUGCUUGCGUGCUUUUCACUGUGAAAAUCACAGUGAGAAGACGCCAGCGUCCAUAGGAAAGCAUUGUAAAUGCUUUCCUAUGAGACUGGCUGAAUGCGCGCGCAGCUCUUGCCGGGCGUGCGCAUUCAGCCGAAUGGGACGAGAGGAGGAGGAUCGGAGGAGAAGAGCUCCCCGCCCAGUGCUGGAAAAAGAUAAGUUUUAACCCCUUUCCUCUCCCCAGAGCCGGGCGGGAGGGGUUCCCUGAGUGUGGGGACCCUCAGGGCACUAUAGUGCCAGGAAAACGAGUAUGUUUUCCUGACACUAUAGUGGUCCUUUAAGCAGGUCCCUCAACACCCUCUGUUCCUGUUCGUCCAGCUCGUCUCAAAUACACGUCUGUUAGUCCACCUAUUAUACGGAGCUACAGAAUUUGUUGGUGCUUUAUAAAUAAUAAUAAUAAUUUAUAAAGCACCAAAAAUAGAGGUCUUUCAAGGAAGGCAAGUGCUUCCUGAAACAACUUUAUAACAGAUGGGAUUUUAUUGAAAGGGUGUAGAUUGUGGUAGGAUUGGCUUUAUCUCAGUUUAGGCCAAAUACAGUCUGCCCCCCCCCUGGUGUAAUGGAAAGCUGACCUGGCAGACUAUAGUUAUCAUGUUUUACAUGAUGCUCACGUCAUGUGAUCAGACCAAGGUCACGUGGGACAGAACUGGUCCCAGCAUAAAAAUCCCAAAGGGGGGGGGGAUACACACACGCCGUAACAAGCAGUCACGUGACCGCACGCGGUCUAACCCAUCCCACGCUAGGUGGACACAGGUUAAUAGCUAAAUACGCAGUCACGACCUUCACAGCGGGUCGUAAAAGAUAGAACUCCCCUGUCAUCACCACCACGAGGCUUCCAAAUAAACUCAGCCCCCACCAAGAAGCCCCAUUAAAAAAAAUCACCUGCGCAGCCUCUGCCGCCAUUCUUCAGGAGCGCUGUGAGCCCGGAGAUAGAAAACACUAAUUGCGGACGGCUGCCUUCUCCCCCCCUGCAAAAAACAAUGGUUCCUCCCUCAGCCGCUGAUUGGUGGAUUCACUUCCGCAUGUAGUACUGGGCACUGCUCACAGUGGAGCAGGUGUCAGCGCAUGCCCCUCCCAUAUAACCCUUUACAUGCCGGUGGAAAGUAGCACUGACUAUGUUGCGCUACCUGCCAGUUUAUUUUAUUAUUGUUAUUAUGAUUGUAUUGGUUUAUGAGUACUGAUUAAUUCAUGUUAUUAUUGUUAAUUAUUAAGGCUAUUUUUAAAUAAUUAGAAAAUAUACUCCCCCCUCCCUCCCUCAAAGUAUUUUGGCUACAGAUCUAAAAUCUAUGUGAUAUUGCUUGAAUAACAAUGUACAUUUUUUCCCACACACUUUUUUUUAAUUAUUUUAUUUAAAAUUUGACCAUUUUUAUUGAGUGUACACACUUCAGUGUCACAGUAUCACAAUUGAAAUAGUCCAAAGCAAUUGUUCACAUUGAAUUACGUUAUUCGAUAUAUCGCCAGAUACCCUGUCAUAAACUACUAGGGCAUUGCAUCUCCUGUACAAUGUCUCUGCUCACAUUUCCGAUAAACAUUACAUUAUAUCGAGGAACGACAUGUGAUAUGAUGUAAAAUUAAUUUAUAGAAACGAAAAAAAAUAAACAGAGAUAAAAAAACAACCCAGUCCAUUUGCAACAUGAUCAUUCGCCCUAUAUCUGUCGCACUUUUCACCUCACGCGUACAACGGAAGGCAUACAUGUCAUUAUUUGGUGCCCCCCUCUUCCGUACUCAUUCCCUAAGUAUUUCUGCUACAGCUUCCUGUUCCCAUACAUGUGCAUAAGUGUGUCAGCUUUGUUCUGUGGUGGGGUUUUUUUUCCCCAUCUCGUUUACACCCUUACAUAGUUAUAUAGCUGAAAAGAGACAGGAUUCCACAGUUGGGGAUCUGGGCGGGCUGCCCAGCAUCUCUAUAGGGAUCUAUUAAAUCCCCAGCCCCCAUGGCCCACUGCUGCACAGAGUUGAACAGUUGCUUGUACUCCUUUUCCAGCCCCAACUCAAGGAGGGCUAGGUAGAACAGAUCGGUUUGAAGGCUUGUCGCUUCCACGAGAUCCAGGACGUUUCGCGUAAGUGCCUGGAUGUCCCAGUAUCGGAGCAACGCAGUACUUCCUAACUCAGUCUCCCCUUGAAAAGCCUCCCGCAAUACCCCGGGGCCAUUAUAGUCCUCACCCUCUGGCGGGUCAUCAUCAGCUAGCCAUGGGUACUGCUAGAUCCCAUACCACCGUAAAGCCUGGUAGCCAUCAUCUACCGCCAAUUCUCUCCAGAGCAGUCUCUCCAGGUGAAUCACCCAUUCUUCCGCAGAUCCAAUUGAUCCCGAUGUCGCUGUUCUGGGGUUGGGAGGGAUUCUCUCAGGAGAACCUGCAUCUCCUCCAUGACCUCUCCCCAGAGUUGCUUCCGGACCUGGACCCUAACAUCCAGGGCAACACUUACAGAGACAGGGCCAUCAUACCGGGCUAAUGCGUCCUGCAGUCACCACUGGAACUCCUCCACGUAUGGGAACGCUGCACAGGGACUAGCUUGCUCCAUACUGCUGUAGACAGGGGCGCUGUAUGGAUACUAGCGUUGCCCUCAAUUAUAAAUCCAUAUGAUACUGGUGUCUCCAGGAUGCUUCUAUACUCCUAUGAAGCCAUCCCGCCGCUGCCACCAAUGUGACGGACCGCUUGGCACCCCAACCGGGUACCUCUGUCAAUCACUGCUUCCAAGCACUUGCGAGCACCAUAAGCACUGUAAUGGCGUCUGGUUCCCUUAUUUACCACUAUAAUGUCUUAAAGCAUAGAACUUAGCAGGGCUAACCAUACAGAUAUCUUAGUUUUAGAGAUCCUCUAUUUAACAUAUAUAAAUAAUUGAGAAUACAAUAUAAAAUAAGGAUUGUCUUGGAAGCAAUAGAGUUUUGUCUUUUUAAAUAUUUAUUAUAUAAAAAUAUAAAUAUAGACAUAUAAAAUCCAUUAUAGCAGAGUUUAUAAGAUUAAACUAAAUGCUUGCAAAUAUCAUUAAUAGGUUAACAUACCCUUCUGAACAUGUCAUCAUGUCAGCCUCUCUGUCAUUUUAAGAUGGAGCAGCGUCUGUCUCCAAGUCUCUCCUCUGUGUCUUAACAUUUAAAAGUACACCUAUUUAUACCUUAGGUGUCUCCAUUUUAGGGUUACCGUAGUUCAUAUAUGAAAAAGUAACACUUCUUUUACUUUAUUCAUUUUAGGACCUCCCUUAAUUUGGCAAACAUACAAGGCCUUUACUAAAAGGUGCAUACGUCAUGGAAAUUUUCCUGACUUAGUUCAAGAUGUCAUCUUAAAGUCUGAACAUCCUUAUCUACUAAGGUUACCACAGUAUAUUACAUACUGAGAGAGUCGUAGGAUAGCCUUGAAGCUUGUUUAUGCAUUAUUGUUAUUGUAAUUCGUCUGGGACAAAAUGGCGCAAACAUAUUAUGCACUGAGGUUAUUGGUGAGUAUAAUCAUUACCUUUAGGCAUUUUCAUGCAAACACUGCCUUUUCAGAGAAAAGGCAGUGUUUACAUUGCCCCUAGGGACACCUCCAAGUGGCCAUUCUUCAGAUGGCCACUGGAGGUGCUUCCUGGCUCAGUGCUGUACAGUAGGCAGCAGUGCCGUUCAGCAUCUUUACGCUCUGCAUGGGGAUGCUGAGUUUUCCUCAUAGAAAUCGAUUGAUUUAAUAUAUCUCUAUGAGGAGGUGCUGAUUGGCCAAAACUGAGUUUUGCCCCACCCCUUGUCGAUUUUCCCAGGGGAAAGCAUUGGAUUGGCUAAAAAUUGGCAAUUCUGAUGAUGUCACCAAGGGGUCGGAGCUAGCGCCGGCAGACUUGCGCGGCGCUGGAAAUAAGGUGAGUUUUAUUAACUUUUAAGGGGGCUAAGGGGGGGCAAGCGACCUAAAUGGUGGGUUUAACACUAUAGGGUCAGGAAUACAUGUUUGUGUUCCUAACCCUAUAGUGUUCUUUUAAUAUAUAUUGAGGAAUAAUAGUUAUUUAAAAUUUCUGCCUUUUCCUGGUUUUUAUUAACUAACACACCCAUCUCUGUUUUCAGUGUACCUACACUUUCAAUUUCUAAAUUUUCUAACUUAGCCAUUAUAAUUGCCCUUUUGCAUGCAUUAUUGGCUUCCUUAAAUCUUAUAAUGGAUUCUGUCUGAUUUAAAUGCUUUAAAUGUUCUUUUCUUACUUUUGAUCUCUUGGUUUACUUUCCAACUAUGCCACACUGGUUUUUAAUUUGUCUCUUUUAAAUUUAUUAACCAAUGGCACAUACUGAGAAAUGUACCUUUUUAAUAUUUGUUUGAAGAUAUUCCAUUUAUCCUCAGUGGUUUUUUUUUACUAAAGAGUUUAUGUCAGUCAAUAUGUUGUAAAGUUGCCCUUAUCUUAUUGAAAUUGGCCUUUUAAAAGGAUGUUUUAGUAUAACCCCAUCUGUUUUUGCUUUUUUGAGUUAAUUUUAAAAGACACCAAAUUGUGAUCACUAUUUACCAAGUGCUCCCGUACUUGAAUGUUUGCCAAAAGAUCAACAUUGCUUGUUAUAACCAGAUCCAAACAAACGUCCUUUCUAGUUGGUACUUGUACCAGUUGUGACUAGAGAUGUCGCGAACCGUCCGCGAACUUCUCGUGGCGAACUCCGGUCAGCUGACACAUCCCGGCCAAUCUCCAGCAGACCCUCCCUCCCAGACAGCAUCCAUGUUGAAGCUGCCUUCAACAUGGAUGCUGUCCAGGAAGUAGGAGGGUCUGCUGGAGAUUGGCCGGGAUGUGUCAGCUGACCGGAGUUCGCCACGAACCGUUCGCGACAUCUCUAGUUGUGACAUGAAGGUGUCAUUUAACAUGUUCAAAAAACUAAUUUCCCUUGCUGAACUACAUUAAAGGGACACUCCAGGCACCCACUUCUGCCCAUUGGAGUGGUCUGGGUGCCAACUCCCACCACCCUUAACCCUGCAAGUGUAAUUACUGCAGUUUUUAUAAACUGCAAUAAUUACCUUGCAGGGUUAAGUCCUCCUCUAGUGGCUGUCUAGAGGGACUUCCAUAUUUUUAGAACACAAAAAGUGUUAUAAACGAUGCUGGACGUCCUCACGCUAUGCAUGAGGACCUCCAGUGUCACCGGAAUCCCCAUAGGAAAGCAUUGAAUGCGCAUUGUGUGUGUAAAAGGAGCUUUAGUUAUACUGAAGGGCGAGCUUGCAGUGCUAGAUACAGAGAGCUCAUUAGAGAAGACAAAAAUCGUAGUCUUUCCUUUUUGUUUAGCCAUUUGUUGAAGUUUCCUCUUUUAUUGGCAGUAGCUUGGACAUUUUAAUUAGCAUAUUUAAUUAUUUUUUUUUAUAUAUUAUAUUACUUUCACGCCUGUGAAAAUCAACCAACUAUACAGGGAUCCGAAUUUUAACGUGUAUGAAAAAAAUUGUGAAAAAAUAUAAUUUGCUGCAGGUAUACUUAGAGAUGAGAGGUAAAUCUUUCCAAAUGGAAAAUAUUAUGCUUCUUCUAAGAAUUAUUGCAAUAUACAACUGUUUACUCUACUUAAAGGGACACUAUAGUCACCUGAACAACUUUAGCUUAAUGAAGCAGUUUUUUUUUCUCAUUUAUCUUUUUUAUUGGUGCAUAAAGAAUCAAACAUUUUGCAGCGCAGUGCAGUUUUGAUAUGCCAAACCAGUCACAGACGCAGCUGUGGGUACCAUGUUCCAAAGAGUUACCCCACGUGUGAAUGAAGCAGUUUUGGUGUAUAGAACAUGCCCCUGCAGCCUCACUGCUCAAUCCUCUGCCAUUUAGGAGUUAAAUCCCUUUGUUUACGAACCCUAGUCACACCUCCCUGCAUGUGACUUGCACAGCCUUCCAUAAGCACUUCCUGUAAAGAGAGCCCUAUUUAGGCUUUCUUUAUUGCAAGUUCUGUUUAAUUAAGAUUUUCUUAUCCCCUGCUAUGUUAAUAGCUUGCUAGACCCUGCAAGAGCCUCCUGUAUGUGAUUAAAGUUCAAUUUAGAGAUUGAGAUACAAUUAUUUAAGGUAAAUUACAUCUGUUUGAAAGUGAAACCAGUUGUUUUUUUCAUGCAGGCUCUGUCAAUCAUAGCCAGGCGAGGUGUGGCUAGGGCUGCAUAAACAGAAACCAAGUGAUUUAACUCCUAAAUGACAGUGAAUUGAGCAGUGAAAUUGCAGGGGAAUGAUCUAUACACUAAAACUGCUUUAUUUAGCUAAAGUAAUUUAGGUGACUAUAGUGUUCCUUUAAAUUCUUAUCUGAAAUGGAAAACAUGUUAAAGGACCACUAUAGUGCCAGAAAAACAUACUUGCCCCCACCCUCAGGGACCCACUCCCGCCCCGCUCUGGAAGGGGGAAAGGGGUUUAAACUUACCUUUUUCCAGCGCUGGGCGGGAAGCUCUCCUCCUUCUCUCCUCCUCCGAUCCGCCCCGUCGGCUGGCUGCGCACGCAUUCAGACGGUCACAUAGGAAAGCAUUCAUAAUGCUUUCCUAUGGACACUGGCGUGCUCUCACUAAGCACGCAAGCGCCUCUAGCGGCUGUCAAUGAGACAGCCACUAGAGGAUUAGUGGGAAGGCUUAACCCAUUGAUAAACAUAGCAGUUUCUCUGAAACUGCUAUGUUUAUUUAAAAAUGGGUCAACCCUAGCUGGACCUGGCACCCAGACCACUUCAUUAAGCUGAAGUGGUCUGGGUGCCUAGAGUGGUCCUUUAAUACUACAAAAAUAGCAAAAGCAGUGUAAUAUGUGUGACAUAUACUGAAACACAGAAUAAAACAAAAACAGCAGUCUGUAUAUUGGGUGCAUACCAUAGACAUUUGUCUCUUGUGUUUAGAACUCUUGACAAGUGUAUGGCCUCUCCCACUAUAUUGUGCAGCUUGUAUCUCCAUAGAAAUGGAAGCAAAACAUGUCAGCUGACUUUCAGCCAUGUUUAGUGAGGGCAAAUGAAUGAUGCUUGCUUUCUUAACGUAUACAGAGCUGUGGGUGUCCUUUUCAUUGUGUCCUACGGAUGACAUAUUUGAUCAGGGAAAAAUCCAAUUGUUUCAUCAGGCAAGGGAGCAGUAUGGAAAGAAACUAAAAGAUACUGCAUUAAAGGAUCAUUAAGCAGGUGGGUGCUAUUCUGUCUGUUUAGUAUUGUAAGCAAAUAUUUAUUGAAAACAAUAUAGUGCACCCCUCCUAUACAGAGCUAAAAGGAUUUUGUUAACUAAUAUGAAAUAUAUGUUAUUGCAUAUGUAACAGUAAGAGGAAUUUUCUUUCCACUGAUUUUGUUUUAUUAAUAUGCAUAGUCCUGCAAUAUUAACUUAUCCCAGGGGGUCCUUGGUGCAAAUGAUUUUGCUGAGAGUAAUUAUGGGGGUUGUGAAAUGUGGUUAAAACCCAAAAUAGCAUAUCUGGAAACAUAGCCAAAUUUAGGGUUUUUAUUUUUUUUACAUGUUGGCUAUCAUGGUUUAUAUUUAGUAAUUUCUAAUUACAUUCUAUCAGUCUCCUGAAGACACUCUUUUACAUUUAGUCAUACAAAUCAUACCUGUCUGUUUUCACAAUCUGGUUUUCUUAAGAACCAGAAAGAGAAUUUAUUCAUAGAGAAAAAAUGUAAACCUACAAAACCAAAAGGCAAAGCAGUAACAUUUUUGGAAACCCAACAGUCGUAUCCUUGGGAUUGGUCUUGUUAUCUCAUCUUUGGUACAAAUGUGAUUAGUUACAGUAAGCCUUUAGGAAACUUUGGCAUCUCUAUUAUCAUUUAUUAACAUACAAAAUUAAACCCUGCACUCAAACUCCCACUACUGGACAGCAGUGAUUAUAGUACACAUCAGCCCCAAUACAUACAAUAAUAAAAAAAGGUUACUUGCGCACUAUCCCAAAUCCCUAUGCCCAUUUAAACAACUGGAGGCUUUUUUAGUUUCACUCCAAUGGCCAUUUAAGUGUAAGCUCAACUGUCACGUCAAGGCAAAACUUCUAAGAUAAAUCCUCGGCUAAGAAUUCACCUUGCUGUCUACCAGGUAAAAUUCUCUAAUGAGACUGAGAGGGGUUUAUAUCUAAACCCCUACACACUUAUCAACCCUUAGGAACACAUGGGGUGGGUGUCAACACUGUAACAAUACUAUGUAAUACAAAAACUUUUAUUGCUUUUGCAGACUGCAGCCCCCAUUUUGAUUCAACUGACAUGGAUCUAGAAUCUGUCCCAUGCACUGUUAGAUCUCCUGUCCCUCUCCAAGUUGGAGAUGUGAAGACUGAGCAGGCCAGGCCUGGUGUAUAUGUCAUCGAUGUCACGUUUCCCAAAACUCAGACUGUUGAUGUAAGUACCUAAUUUUUCUGACAGUGGCUACAUUGAUUUAAGGUGGUGACCGUCCAAUGUUUUAGCUAAUCCACAUACCUGGGAUCUGUAUACCAAUGGGCAUCUGGAUGCAGUGGCCCUGUCGUUUUCAUCUUUCAAUGCAAAACGUUCAAUUUCGUAGAUAAACACACCUCAACUGUCUGUCUUCCUAGAUGAUGCUUCCGCUCUUAUGACUGAGUUAGACUUAGUUCUGUGACUUUUGACAUCUUCACACAUUGUAUGAGGACUUCAAACAUCUUCACACAUUGUAUGAGGACUUCAAACAUCCUCUAAUGCUACUGUUAGGGAAGCACUGGACGUGCAUGCAUGUGCUUCUUGUGCACAAUGCUUCUGUAUUAGAAGCAUUGGCUUGGAGGAGAAGAAGAAGAGGCGACAUUCUUUAGGAAGAUGUCAUGGGAGGCAGACCAAACAAAAGUAGGAAUCCACACUCUUAUCUGGUCCAAGCUUGAAAAAGAUCUCAGUUGAGACCAAAACGUUGCAUGUUUUUUCUGAUUAACAUCAGAACAUUUUGCCAAAAUUUGAUCUAGGGCUUUUCAGGACCCCACUCGGGACUGUACUGUGUGGGAUAAAAUGUUAGCAAAUGUAUACAUUAAAAGGACACUCUGGGUUUUAAUUGAUCCCUAUUUUUAAUGCUUUAUAUAAAUUAUACACUAAAAUGUGGAAAUAAAUUAAUUUUAAAAAUUUAAAAUAACAAUAAUAAAAAAAGAUAUGCAACUGAAAAGUUCCUGAUACUGCUGCACUUGCACAGGCAAGACUAGGAAGAACCUCGACAUAUCAGCAUCCUGACCUGUGGGGUCAGAUGUUAUCUCAUAAAUGUUAAACUUAAGCAGUAGUCACAUUCGUCUCUUAAAGGGAUACUCUAGCUGUAUUCCUGGAACUAUAACACCCUCUGCCUCCCACCUCCCUCAUGCCCUCCCCCCAUCACUGCGGUGGUUAAUAAAGGGUUAAAAAACAUUUAUUAACUUACCCGAUCCCAGCGCUGAUGUCCCUCGGCACUGGGUCAUGGCUCACCCCACAGGAAAGCAUUGAAUUAAUGCUUUCCUAGGGGGAAAUAGCUGACGUUUGAUGUCCUCAUGCACAGCGUGAGGAUGUCCAGUGUCAGUUAUCAGACCAAAAGUCUGUUUACAUCCAAGAAGUGCCUCUAGUGGUUGUUUGAUAGACAGCCACUAGAGGCUGACUUUGUGCUGCAAUGUAAACAUUGCAGUUUCUCUAAAACCACAUGUUUUACAUUGCAGAACUAAGUGCAGUAGGGACACUGUACCUAGAACACUUAAAUGAGCUGAAGUGGUCUGGGUGCUUAUAGUGUCCCUUUAAGGGGAACUGCUGUUUAAACUGAAACUUUUGCUGCUAUCGGUAUAAUAAUAAUAGCCUCAUUAACAUAUUUGAAAAUAGUGCUAUGUAGAGCAGCUGUAACUUAGGACCUAUCCAAAAGCUAAAUAUGGGAAGUAGAGCACUUCAAACAAUUUGGACAGCAAAAAAGAAAGUAAAAAUCCCUUAUUGCAAAGAAGUGGAAAUCUUAUACCUUAUACUUUUUUUCACAGCAGGAACGCCGUUCUCAUUGCUCCUGCAGGUACUAACCAGGGGGCGGCAAAAAAAUGCCACCCCCAAAGUUCCCCCGUGUUCCCCCUGUCAUGGGGGGGGCAACUGAUAGACCCCCACCCCCCCAGCGGGUGGCUGUCUACCUGUCAGACGCGGCGAGGGAGCUGUGUUCUCCCAGCUCUGCUCCCUCGUGUGCCGUUUGCUGAUGCCGGGAGCCGGAAUAUGACGCCAUAUUACGGCUCCCGGCAUCAGUAGACAGCCCGCGCGGCACAAGGGAGCAGAUCAGAGAGAACACAGCUCCCUCGCCGCGUCUGACAGGUAGACAGCCGCCAGCCCCACUGGACCCCAGGGACAGGUCCACGCCAGCUUUCCAGGUAGGGAGGCUGGGUGGACAUUUGUAAAUUUUAAAAAUAUGAAUAAUUUGUAUGUGUCUGUGAGUGAGUGUAUCUGUGAGUAUUUGGCAUUAAGUUAUUAUCAAUGGCCUUUAUUAUAUAUGUCUUUGAGAAUGCAAUGAGUAGCAAGGUGUUUUAACACAGUGUGACUGUCACCUCUAAGCUGCAGGAGAUCACCUUUAAGAAUUACUAUACAGCAUUUCUGACUAUGCGGAUCCAGCAGAGGAGACCUGCGGAGUCACGUGGAAAUCCUCCUCCAGCGUGGCGCACCUGUAUCAUGAAUAUGCGGCUGAUGCCAAAUCCUCAUAUGGAAGAGGGAUCCCAAGACUAUGUAUCUAUACAGAAGAACCAGGUGAGAGGCAAAAGAGAAGUAAUGAGUAAUGUCUUAUUCAUGUAUUUUAUAUAAAACAAUACAUUUUACAAAUGAUGAGAAUAGUGUUACUAUUUUAGACUGAAGGAAUUCAAUACAUGCAGUUGAAACACAAUGUAAAGAUAUUUAAAAUAGUCUUAUAGACUGCCCACCCCCAGACACACACACACUCCAGAGCAGAAUGAAAGUGGGUUACAAACUAGUACCUUGCCUAUGGCUUAUAUUAUAUUCUGCUCCACACCCAUCACUCAAGUGCAGCUCCCCCACACACAACUUCCAUCAUGAACAUUCAGCCCCAAAUUUUAAUUACUGACCUGUUGUACCUGGGCACCUGCACACAACUCCAAUCACCACUAGCAGCUACAUAGACACAUAACUGACUCCGAAGCAAGAGAAACACUGCAGAAUGCUAAUGGAGGGUGAAAAAAUAUAUAUUAGUGAGAGAAUAGGGAGGGUGAAGUAAGGAAGAAAAAGACUGAUUGAGAACCAAAGAGUACAGGUGUGUGUUAUAUUCAGUGUAGUCUGGAGAUAGACUGUGUGAUCUAAAGGUGGUGAAAUUAAACUGAGAGACAGCGGUUAAAAUAAAAACAGUGGACUAAAUUAUCUGCCACAUAGAUGUUGAAUCUCUUUGUUUAUGCAGCCCUAGCCACACCUCCCUGCAUGUGAUUCACACAGGCUCCAUACACACAUCCUCAAAGGAGACUGAACUUUUUAGCUUCCCUUACUGCACAAUGUAUUUAAAGCGACACCCUAUACUCCUAAAGCACUUCAGCAUGUUGAAGUGCUUUAUGUGUGAAGAGUGUGUUUUUUCUUUUUCAUGCAAAAAGGGUGACCUUUUACAAAAGUAGUGUAGAUUUCAAUAGAAAUUUUGUACUUUUAUAAAUUAACCUUGUUAUGUCCCCAUGGCUGUCAGACAACCAGUCCUAUUACUUCCUGGUUUGUUUAGCUCAGUUGACCUAAACUCAAGCGGGAGACAAUUGCCCAGAUCACCUUCCUUGCGAAUAUUUCUAAUUGAGCUGCAUUGGUAAGUCUGUAAUUGGAGAGCCACAGACAGUGCAGGGUGGGUUAGAAGAGGAGGGCUUGCAAAAUAAUUAAAUUCAUGCAUCCUUUCACCCAUUAGACAGCUAUUUUACUUUUUAUUAUUUUAUUUUUUAUUUGGACAGGGGAGUUUCUCUUUAACUAUGGCAAACAGAAACAGAGAAAUAUAACUCCUAAAUGGCAGAGGAUUGAGCACCGAGACUGCAGAGGCAUGACCUGUACACUAGAACUCAUUCACUAAGCUAAAGUUAGUGUCCCUGUAACACUAUAUUGUACAUUGUAUUAGAAUUAAAUAAAUAAAUGUAAAAAAACCGUUUGAAACUAGCUAACAGAGAUAAGUUAGGGGAAAAGAGAUAUAAAAACACUAAAAAGAUAAUGAGAGAAACAAAGUGAAGUAGAAAAAAAAGACUUGCAUAGAGAUAAACUAACAAAAUGGAUGGAAACAAGAGCCUGAAAGUGGAAUACCCAAUGGAAAAGUUUCUAGCUAGUGUGGCAAACAUCCUUGAUUCUCACCCGUUCUGAAAAUUUCAUAAAUCCUUUGACGUUUCAUGACACCUGUAAUUUGAUAUCUCAUAGAAUAGGAUUUACACUUAUUUAUUCUCUGUGACAUUACAUUACAUUUGUUUUGUUUUUUGAGUUUUUUUUUAAUGUUUUUUUAUUUUUAUUUUCCAGAUGCUCUGCAACACACAUCAUGUCAUAGCCAUUCGCCUGAUUUUACGACAACCGUCACCUGUUUGGCUAAACUUUACUGUUGAAGAUUUGCAGAUCAAUCCUCCAGGGAAGCAAGUAUGGGACCUUAUCUAUUUAGAUACAAAUUUAAAAAGUCCACCUAAGAUUUAUAGUCCCUAUAUUUGAUUGUCUUUGGGCAAUGUCUUCCUAAGUUUGUUUUCUCUCCUACAUAAAGCCAAAUCCUUCUUUGUGGUUCAGCUAACACAGAAUGAUGAAGUUCACUUCUAUAUUAGCCUUUCCACAGUCAGACAUGCUAAUGCGAAGAUUCACAACUGCAUUAGCAAAACAGCAGCAGAGGAGCUGGACUGUACUUGCCAGGAAAACCAGAUAUUCUCUCAAAGUACUCAAGACGCUUUGCACCAUAACCACUAGGAUAAGCUGUAGUCGUUGUGGUACAUAAAGUACCUUUUUAUACAAUAUAUAAUUUAUCAUAAAUAUACAAUAAAUUAUAAAGAUAAAUUGUAUACUGCGUUACUUAGGAGUGAUAUCCUUACCCAUUCUCCAAUAAUGUCUACAAUGCCAUGAUUCUCUGUUUCUCCUGGAUCUGCCAGUAUUGUUUCAGAUUUGAGUUUCUGUCCUAGAAUGGCUUCCUGGUGUUCCAUAUCUGGAAACACUGGGUAAAUGUCCUCAGUUUGCACAGUAUGAGCACAUCAUUAGACUUGCUUGGACAGUGCAGAGUGCUGUCCGAGCAUUGAGUACAUGCACAGAGCACUUGCGAAGUGCUCUGCACAUAGACUGCCCAGAGUAGCGUCAGCCAUAGCAGAUGUCACAACAGACUGACAUUAACCCUUUUAUUCUCAUUGCUCCCUUUCUUGUCCACCCAUCCCCGGUCCAUUGCUGGGUGGUAUGGGUACAGUGUCACACCUACCACAUGGUCACUCUAAUUUUAUCAAUUGUCUCCUGCCAGAUUACCCCUGCUUGGAAUGUAAAUUUACCCAUCUUAAAGAGGGUAUAACUAGUUUAUGCUGGCACACUGGCUGCAUUGCUAGCACAAUGUGUCAAUGGAUUCUAAAAUUCUUUAAAAUCCCAACAAGUUAUGUUGCACUUUUCAACAUGGCAUAUUAUUGAGAAUGAGAAAAGAGAUUACACAAAUCCAUUCAUGUUUAAUUUUACACAUAGUUCUAAUCAGAAAAGGGCACAUAUACAAAGAUUGAAGUUUCAAAGAGGAAAGGUCCCAGAAGUAAUCAUUGAUGUCGAUCUAAAUUGGAGACACUGACCCAUGCCCCUGUUCUGAGCAAAAAUUUGUUAAUAUAAACACACUAGAAAAAAGGCUCUAACAACAUCAAUGUAUAUCCAAGCUUUAAAAAUAAAACUUUAAAAGAACACUAUAGCGUUAGAUGUACAACCACUAGAGGAGAAUUAAACCGGCAGUGAAAACAUUGCCAUUCCUGCAAAACAAUAAUGUUUUCAGUUGCAGGGGUACAGCACCAAGACUACUUCAUUAAGAUGAAUUGUCUUGGGAUCAUAUAUAUAUUCCCUUUUAACUGUUAAAAUAGGAAGAAUAAUACAAUGUUUUCUGAAUUUCAGAGUCCGCAGAAAGGAUUUUCAUGGUUGUUGUCUCAACUACCCGGUAAGGAACAACUUCAGAGCUUACAGAAGGUAAGAACUGGGUUGUUCAAGAAGUAAGAAAAUAUAUAAACUACUGUUGUGCAUCACCUGCAUAUCUCAAAUUGGACUUUUGAAAGACCCCCGUGGGCACAGAAACUCAAUAAACCAUGUUUUUACAAUUAUCCCAGAGUUCCCAGCUUGACAUUCAACUGAACACAUAUAGGCAUUUCAGACUUGACAGCAUUUUUUCUGGUACAUUUAGCAAUGGGCCCUGUUUUCUACAUGGAUUUUUUUUAAACCAUAAUAUGGGUAGAGAUCCAAAAGGACCAGUGACCAUAAAUGUAACAGCCCAAGACCACACCAGGGUGAAUUUCCACUUGAGAGUGAAAUUAAUUCCUGGUGGGCAGACUAUGUCAUGUUUAUAUAUUGGUUCCAAUGUUUACUGCCAUGUAUAUUACUUGCACACUUGGUAAAAAAUGGUUAUGAACAACUGCUCUAAGGUUACCAUGCUUACUGCUUGGGCUAUUGCUGUUGUUUCUUUUCAUAGACAAUUCCUUCCCAAAAUGCAGAAUUGCUGGCUAUUAUUUUCUUCAGUUUUAGGUGCUUCUUCAGCUAUUAACCAAAAUCUGCUAUCUUUUUGAGAUUUGUAUAAUAAAAAUGUAUAUUAUACCACCAGUAUGGCAAAUUAUCAUAAUCCUAAAUCUCUUCUGUGCUAUUGUGGAAUAAUACAGAUUGUCUGUCUCAGUAGAAAGGUUCUAUAUACCAGUUCCAGCCCUUUUGUUCCUAAUGUUUACACUCUUGUUUUAUAGGGGCUGCCAGAUCCAGAUAAAGUAUCCAGCGAAGUGCAGCAGAUGUGGGUGCUGACAGAAGUGAUGAGGGCCAAUCAGAACACUGCAAGCAUUGGGAGAUUUGAUGUGAGUAAAUUGUUCAUUUUACUUCCCGAUCAGGCAUGGGCACACAUCAGCAUCCACAGCCUUGAUUGUGCAUUGCUAUUUUAGACAGUUAUAUACAAAUUUAUCAGCUGUCCAUAUCAGUUUGCCAAUAACCUCACAUGUAAUGUAUUCAAAUUUUGUUAGAAUUAAGAGUUCUGAAGCAGUGGAAGUCCCACCAUAUGUGGUGGCACAAAACAUUUAUGGCUUCAGUUUUACAAAACUACAAAAAGGAAGCUUAGAUCUGUUUGCACCUUCACAGAUCUCCCUCAGGGCUCUCCCACAAUACAGAAUUGUGAACAUUGACAAAAUAGAUGGUUAUGAUAGCAUAUCAUGCACUUUUCAGACUACACUGGAGCACUGCAUAUGUGGAUCCUUGCUUUAUCUCCCUAAUUCACUAGGAUAGAGGGCUAUAUUCCACUAUAAAUGGUAGCCAACAUACUCACUUACUAUGUUAUGCUGUGUAUGAAUGAAGGACUAGGUUUGCUACUACACUGAUUAAAAUGAUUUUUUUUUCCAAACAUGAAGAAAUAAAAAAAUCCAUGAUAUAUUAACAUAGCAGACUAAUAAAAUUGCGUAUAGUGAGACAAAAACUAUUUAUCUGAUGUAUGAUAGGUUUAAGGAAAAUGUGGUCUGUUAAAAGACUUAAACUCUGCUUUUUUUCCACCAGGUUGAUGGGUGUUAUGAAAUCAACCUUCUGUCAUACUCUUAACAUGCUGGACAACAAAAUCUAGGAAACACGGGGAGUGAAUACUUGGCUGUAGAUGUACUACGAAUUAUCUUACCUCAAAGAUCUAAACUGAAAAAUUAGAACUACAUCAGUGAAAAUUAUUUUUUUUCUACAGUGCAUGCAGUUAUCUAUUCCAAUAUCAGCAUAAAGAGUACCUGAAAAACUGCAGAAAGGUCAAGCAGAUCUAAAUGUAAUAUACAUCAUAGAAUUUAAGAAACAAGAAAUUUUGUGAUUUGUUGGAAUCUCAUCAGAAUAUCUUUUCCAAAUAUAACUGUAGAGCUAUCAUGGCAUACAAUGUCCCACCUUGAACACUUAGACCAUUGAGGAUUCCAGAUACAGAUAGCCUUCAACUCUAUAUUUUGGAAUAUGACAAUUGUUUUAUUCUAAUUUAUGCAUCUUGAACUGGAGAAUGGCUAACAUCUAAGUACUCACGCCCACUGUGUGGAAUAAAAGAGGAUUGGUGAUAUUCUGUUUGCAUUUGGAACAACUGAGGAUAUUUUGACUGUGGAGUAUACAUCUCUGUUAUGGCUUAUUAAGAUGCAAAAUGAUCUAACUCAUCAUGUUCUCCUUCUCCCUUUGGACUGAACUAAAAGCUCCGAUAAUAAUAUACACCCAGUACUUAAAACUGGGGAAAUUUACUUAUUAUGUAGGCAACUUUUUUUUUUUAAUUAAACACUGUUUAAUCACAGGUGUGUUUAAGGAAAUUACCAAGUUGUUAAAAAUUUUAUUUAUUGUUUAUGUGCCUUACUGUGUAUCAUCUUAUCAAUUAAAGCAUUAUCAUAGAA